CACCCCGCCCUGCGCGCCAUCCCGCAUCCCGCGCGCACCCUGCCCGGUGUGCAUCCUCCGCAUCCCGCGCCCCCGGCGAACGGUGUCUCCUCCCGCCGUCAUGGCCCCGGUGCCCGCGGCGAGCGCCCGGCAAGGGCCAUGAUCCGGCUGCGCGGCUGGUGCGCGAGGAGGCCCCGCGGCGCGACCCGGCCCGCGGGGCCUGCGGGGAAGCGCUGGGCGUCGGGCGGGCCCGGGGGCCGCGCUCUCCGGGUGCUGGUGGACAUGGACGGCGUGCUGGCCGACUUCGAGGGCGGCUUCCUCAGGAAGUUCCGAGCGCGCUUCCCCGACCAGCCCUUCAUCGCGCUGGAGGACCGGCGCGGCUUCUGGGUGUCGGAGCAGUACGGCCGCCUGCAGCCCGGGCUGAGCGAGAAGGCCAUCAGCAUAUGGGAGUCGGAGAAUUUCUUCUUUGACCUCGAGCCUCUCCCAGGGGCUGUGGAAGCUGUGAAGCAGAUGGCCAACCUGGAGAGCACCGAGGUCUUUAUCUGCACGAGCCCCAUCAAGAUGUACAAGUACUGUCCCUUCGAGAAGUACGCCUGGGUGGAGAAGCACUUGGGCUCCGACUUUCUGGAGCAGAUCGUGCUGACCAGAGACAAGACCGUGGUCUCUGCCGACCUGCUCAUAGACGACCGGGUGGACAUUACAGGGGCCGAGCCCAACCCCAGCUGGGAACACGUCCUCUUCACCGCCUGUCACAACAGGCACACGCAGCUGCAGCCCCCCAGCCGCAGGCUACACUCGUGGGCAGACGACUGGAGGGCCAUCCUGGACAGCAAGCGGCCCCGCUGAGCUGCGCUGACCCCCGGCUCCCCCGGCGUCCCCCCUCAGGGCCUUACACGGACCUCGGGGCAGGGCUGGCCCAGGGUCCUGCACGGGGCACGGCGGCCCGGGCCUGGCCAGGCUGUCACCAGGGGCUCCAGGCCCCUCCCUCAGGGAAGCCCCCAUCCCCACCCCACAGCCGUCCACAGAGGGUGCCAGCGGCCACCUGGUCCGAGAGGCAACGCAGGGCUGAGCAUCACACCCUCACCACAGCCCCUGCCGCCCGCCCUGGGCUCCGCGGACACCGAGCGAGUUCCACGUCACGCCAGGCCCUGGGCUGGGGCCACCCCAGGGCCCUGCCUUUGCCCAGAGGGCUCUGCCCCCGCCGCACAGCGGACCCCCCCCUUCAGAUGUGGACGUUUGCUGGAGGCACGAACAAUAAACACUGGUCUCCA